CUGGCGCUGAGCGCAGUCCAGGAGUGGUGGAGACUAUGGCCACGCUGCGAAGGCUCCGAGAGGCGCCCCGGCACUUGCUAGUCUGCGAGAGAUCCAACUUCAGCCACCACAAGUCACGCCACCGGCAUCUAGUGGAGGCGCACUAUCACAAUUACCGGGUGUCAUUUCUCAUUCCUGAAUGUGGGAUAUUACCAAAAGAACUGAAAAGCCUGGUCAUGGAAACUGGACCCUAUUACUCUGUGAAGAAUUUACCUCUUCAUGAAUUAAUUACACAUGAAUUCAUCAACACUUUUGUAAGGAAAGGUUCCUGCUAUGCACUCACAUUCAAUACAAAUAUUGAUGAAGAUAAUACUGUUGGUCUGCUACCCAAUGGGAAGUUGAUUUUAUCCCUGGAUAAAGACACUUAUGAAGAAACUGGACUUCAAGGUCAUCCCUCUCAGUAUUCUGGCAGAAAAAUUAGGAAGUUCAUUGUUUCCAUUGAUUUGAUGGAUUCAUCCUUUAUGUUGGAGUCUAAGAAGUAUAAAAGAAUAUGUUGGUCUUUCAAAGAAAAGAAGCCUUUGAAGUUUGAUUUCCUUUUGGCUUGGCAUUCUACAGGUGCAACAGAUUCAACAAUGAUGUCAUACUUUUCCAAAUACCAAAUUCAGAAGCAUCAACCUAAAGUAGAGCUGAGCACAGUGAAUGAUUUGCAGUGCCCGGUGCUGCAGAGCAGUGAGCUUAAAGGAGAGCCAGAGUCAUCCUGCGGUGCCCAAGAGCUCUUUGAGUGGCUGGGCGCAGUCUUCUGUAAUGCAGACCUAGAUAACGAGCCUAAUAAUUUUGUGUCAACCUACUGCUGUCCCCAGCCAAGCACAGUGGUGGCCAGGGCUUGCUUGUGUACAAUCACUGGCCUCAUCCUUCCAGAGAAGAUCUGUGUCCUGCUGGAACGGCUGUGUCAUUACUUUGAUGAACCAAAGCUGGCUCCGUGGAUUACCUUGUCAGUUCAAGGCUUUGCAGACAGCCCUGUUUCCUGGAGAGAGAAUGAGCAUGAUUUUCACAAAGGAGGUGAACAUAUGUACAACUUUGUGAUUUUUAAUAACCAGGACUAUUGGCUUCAGAUGGCUGUUGGAACACUCGAUGACUGUCCUCCCUAAGCAAUACUGAAUUUUAAAAUCUGUUUAUUUGUUGUCACUGUU